AUGGGAGACGGAACUAGCUUCUCAAAUAUUCAUCAUCCAGAUUUAUACUUUCCCGACGGAAACUUUGUCAUCAUCGCUCAGGAUGGAGCCAAAAAGACAAACCGAGUACAUUUUCGGGUUCAUCAGUCCAUCCUUGGCAAACACUCUCAGGUGUUCAAGGAUAUGUUCGCUCUUCCUGGGUCACCGGAGGAUGCUCAGGAGUUGUACGACGGAGUCCCUUUUGUGGAGGUGAAUGAUGACCCUGGGGACAUGGCCAAGUUUUUGACGAUCUUGUAUGAACCUUUUAUACCCCCCAUAGCGAAGGAUGAACCCGACGCCGCAUUUACCAUGUUCAGCAUGUUGAAAUUUGCGGACAAAUAUAUGGUCGAACCUUUGAAGGAAUUAAUCAUGUCUCACAUUCGUUUCGACUGGCCAAAAUCUCUUCCGGAAUGGGAUAAAAGGCAAGAGGAAUACAGUGCUCGCUUCAAACGUCAGAAUGAAAGCGAGCCGCGUCGUUGGGCUCCAGACCCUGCAUCUGUUAUACAGGUCGUGCGUUCCUAUGAUCCCACACUUCUACCGCUGGUGUUCUACCAGUUGUCUACUUUGCGCCGUGAAAACGUAGGAGAUGCCAGAGAGGUUUUCCGCGAUCCGCCCAGCACUACUGCGAGAUGGACUUUGCUAUCUCAACAGGAUGAACUUUGCAUCGAACGAGGCCGCCUUGCCAUGAUGAUAUGGAUCGUGAACAAAUUUGACAACAAGAAUCGAAUUUGCAACAUGGGAAUUCGCGAUUGCCCCCUUCCUGCAAAAACCAGGAUCAUGAAAAAUGCCGACCCGCUCGAGAUGCUAGAAAUGUUGACAAAGAUGGAUGCAGAUGACGAUUGGGCCGCGAUUAAUGAAAUGACAAGAUGCUUGCUGUUUGAGAGUGCGUUGAUUGUGGUGGGAAAGUAUCUCACUGUGAUUGAUCACGUGGAGCUAUACUUCCACGACGGAAAUUUUGUUAUCGUCGCUCAGGAUGCAGCCAACAAGACAGACCGAAUAUAUUUUCGGGUUCAUCAAACCAUCCUCAGUAAACACUCUCAGGUGUUCAAGGACAUGUUCACUCUUCCUGGGCCCCCGGCGGAUGCUCAGGAGUUCUACGACGGAGUCCCUUUUGUGGAGGUGAAUGAUAAUCCCGAGGACAUGGCCAAGUUUUUGACAAUAUUGUAUGAACCUUUUACACCACCCAUAGCGAAGGAUGAACCCGACGCCGCGUUUACCAUGUUCGGCGUCUUGAAACUUGCGGACAAAUUUAUGGUCGAGCCCUUGAAGGAAAUAAUCCUGUCCCACAUUCGUCUCGACUGGCCAAAAUCUCUCAAAAAAUGGGAUCAAAAGCAAGAGGAAUACCGUGCUCGCUUCAAACUUCAGGAGAAAAGUCAGCCGCGUCGUUGGGCUCCAGACCCUGCAUCUGUUAUCCAGGUCGCGCGUUUAUUUGACCCCACACUUCUACCUCUUGUGUUCUACCAGUUGUCCACUUUGCGCCGUGAAGACGUAGGAGAUGCCAGAGAGGUUUUCCGCGAUCCGCCCAGCACCACUGCCAGAUGGUCGUUGCUAUCUCAACAGGAUGAACUUUGCAUCGAACGAGGCCGCCUUGACAUGAUGAUAUCGAUCAUGGAGGAAUUUGACAAUCGCGAAUUCGAGGAUUGGCCCUGUCCAGGAAAUCACGAUUGCCACCUUCGCAUAACAGCCAGAUUGGUAGAGUCACACCGCAGAAUGAUGAGAAAUGCCGACCUGCUCGAGAUGCUAAAAAUGUUGACGAAGAUAGAGGAAGAGGAAGAAAACGAGGACUACUGGACCGGACCAGUGCCGGAUGUUUUUCCCAGAAGGGUGACAUUUGCAUAUGUAAUGGGUCGACGUCGAUAG